CGUCAACAUAAAUGAGUCCAACAUACUGCCCGACCAACUUCUUCAACUCUUUCUGGUUUUGCACUGAAGUCCAGCUUUUGUUGUUCGGGUGGUGGGGGACCUCGUGCUUUAGUCGCAGCUCUCUGCUUCGCUCCACCAGAGAGUUAUUACCCGGGCAACAGUCCUCCUCCUGCUGUGCGUCAACCCCAUCACGUGGAGGCGCCGUGUUUUCGGAGUUUUUGGUUCGUAACUCACAGCCGGAGAGAGAAACCAGAGGAAAGGGAGAAUUCUUUAUAAUGAUGAUGAUGGGGAUAACCGGCCCCCACUUGUUGUGCCUCUUCCUGCUCGCCUUCCCUCUUUCCUGGGCAGAGGACACAGAGAAAGAUGUGAGGAAGAAGGAGAAUGACACAGUUUGGGUCCAGGCUAGGACCAGACGACUGUUUGCAAGGCGAAAGUUUUCUCCGCCCCCAGAAAGUCGCACACCUAAGCACAAGGCAAACCUCGUGACUCCAGCACAUCGUUGCGGCCGGUUGAUGGAAAAUUGCUCGGCCUACAUCCGAUGCUGUGACCCCUGCGCCUCCUGCCGCUGCCGACUCUUCAACACCAUUUGCCACUGCUGGAGGACGAACCCGGCGUGCUCAAUGAAGACGUAGAUAAAAAAACAUACGUACAAGACCAGCACCUGGACAUACACAAUGAUGUACAUACUAUAUAAAUAGAGGAAUGAACAAACACUGCCUUCUGGCUCUUGAGAGAAGUUCGGAGAAUAUUAUUGGGAAAAUCGUGAAAAAAUGCUUGUUUUCUUCCAUUGUACAGAACACUUGAGUGAUGGAAGUGAAUAUGGGAGUGUGUGUCUCUGUCUUCAGUGUUCUGAGGAAUUAAUACAAAAUUACUAACAUAAAUGUUUACAGAAUAUCCAAAUACCUAAUGUGUGUGUAACCAACGACAUAAGCUAUUUCAUGUAUGCAGACAAACACUAUGUACA